AUGAUUGAAAAGUUAGAACUCGCUUUGGUACAUGCCUCUAGACGCCUCCGAAGAUACUUCCAAGCUUUCAAUAUAGAAGUACAGACUGAUCUCCAGAUCCAACAAAUUCUCAGAAAGCCAGAGGUCUCCGGACGUCUCACUAAGUGGGCAAUAGAACUCAGCACUUUCGAUAUCACCUAUCGUACCAGAGGACUGGUGAAAGGCCAGGCAGUGGCAGAUUUCCUCACGGAGGUCCCAACCGGAGAAAGCACCAAAGAAAAAUCCGCCCCACCAAGGGUAUGGAACUUAUAUACGGAUGGAGCCUCCAGUAAAGAAGGAUCGGGGGCAGGAUUAAUCCUAAUAGAUCCAGAAGGGAUAGAGUACACUUAUGCUUUACGUUUCGAGUUUAAAACUUCAAACAAUGAAGCAGAAUACGAGGCUCUCCUUGCAGGUCUCCAAACCACGGCCAAAGCCGGUGCAACCUCCGUACUAGCACAUGUUGAUUCAUUGUUGGUAGCCAAUCAAGUCAGCGGAGAGUACGAAGCACGAGAGGAUAACAUGGUUCGGUAUCUCCAGCAAGUUAAUAGUUUAAUCUCCUCUUUUGACUCUUGCAAGAUAGUACACAUACCGCGAAGCAAAAACAAAAAGGCCGAUGCCUUGAGCAAGCUCGCAUCCGUAGCAUUUUGUCAUUUAUCAAAAGAAGUUCUAGUCGAAACCCUGCAAACCUCGGCCAUCCAGCAGACGGAGUCGGCCAUGUCAGUCUCCACGCUCGAAAACUCUUGGAUGACUCCGAUCGUGGAUUACUUGAAAAAAGGGAUGCUCCCAGAAGACAAAGCUCAGGCCCGGAAGCUAAAGGUAAAAGCAUUGCAGUAUCAGAUUCACGAUGGGCAACUUUACCGUAAGACCUUUUUAGGUCCGCUCCUAAAAUGCUUAACACCGGAGGAAGGCAGCUACGUCAUAAGAGAAAUCCACUGGGGAAUAUGCGGCAUCCACGCCGGACCGAGGAUGGUCAUAGCUAAAGUCAUGAACGCCGGAUAUUUUUGGUCGGGUAUGCAUCAAAGCGCGGUUAACGAGCUUCAAUCAUGUGAAGACUGCCAGCGGCACGCUCCCAUUAGUCAUCGAGCCAAGAACAACCUCGUCCCUGUAACAUCGGCGUGGCCGUUCCAGAAAUGGGGGAUUGACAUUGUGGGUCCUUUCCCUGUUUCCACCGGAGGGGUAAGAUUCCUGUUGGUUGCUAUUGACUAUUUCACAAAAUGGGUCGAAGCUAAACCCCUCCGGACCAUCACAGGAGACCAAGUGCUGAGGUUCGUCUGGGAAAACAUAGUGUGCAGAUACGGAAUGCCGCUAUGCUUAGUUAGUGAUAAUGGGAAAUAG